GCAUAGCAUUGCUCAUCAAUCUUGCUACGAAUGUGAAGAAGAUGCGCGCUCCGACACUGUUGAGGCCAACCGCCCGCUGCCUGGUGCGGUCACAUUUACAGGGCACCCUGAGACCAUCAUGGACUCGUUCACUCAACACAGAGACGCCGCAAACCUCAGCGACGCAACCCUCGAAAGAUUUCGACACAAAGAGAAAACCGCAGGCUUUGAGCGAGUCUGACCCUGUGGGACAUUUCUUCGGAAAGACGAAAGAAAACGAACCAAGAUACCCUCGAGGCGUCCAGGCACUCUAUCUCCAGCCAUUACGUCGCGAAGCCGAGUACGGAAUUCCUUCAUGCGACCUUCAAUUGCGCUCAUACAGUUUGAGGAACCUCGAGUUCUUCUCCGACUUUGCCCUCCGCGCAGCGUACUACCUGAAGCUCCCAGCGUUCGGCCCGGUGCCCCUGCCUCGAAUCACUGAAAGAUGGACGGUUCCCCGGAGUAGUUUCAUUUUCAAAAAGUCACAGGAGAACUUCGAGCGUGUAACGAUGCGUCGUCUCGUCCAAAUCCGUGAUGGAAACCCUGAGACGGUCCAGCUGUGGCUAGCUUUUCUCCAGAAGCACGCAUACUACGGCAUUGGUAUGAAGGCCAAUGUGUGGGACUUUGGAAGGCUUGGUGUCGGCAAGGCUAUGGAUGCCAUCGAUCCAGAGGCGACUGAGGCAAUCGACUCGCAGUGGAAACACCUUGGUCAAAACCGGGAGCUUGAUACAGUUGAGAAAGUGGAGGAGUUCUUGGCCACGGUCCGGUUCGAUAAGGACAGUGGGAAGCGAUCAGAGGGUGAGCGGCGGUUCCUUCAGACCCAAUGGAAGAAAGACGAGGCGGCCAAGAGGAAGGCAGCCGCGAGUGCCUGAGAAACCGGGCCACCCAUGGGUCGACGUGUAAGCUGGUGUGUAGUGCUUGAGGAGGAGACGAUUGAGGGCGGUCGAGAAAAAGGUCAUAGAAGGCUCUGUCUGUGUAUUAAAUAGUUGAAAAGGGACCCUGUUGUGAGCUUGUCCUCUGUAAAUCAGCAAACAUCAAAUCUGGCUCUCGUCGAAUGGUGUCACAGACUGCU